AUGGAGAACAAAAGAGUGGUGGUGUUGGUGACAAUGAUGAUAAUGAUGUUAAUGGGAAACCUUCUGGCUCAGACAGAUGCUCAAUCUUCUUCUUUUGAAAAGUGUUUCCCAGGUUGUUUCGUGGCUUGUCUGGUUGAAAAUAUAUCUUUAAAAAAAUCAGAAGCUGCUUUGAUGUGUCCAUUGAAGUGUGCCAAGUCCUGUUUUCCUCUUCCAUCAGGACCAUCACCAAUUGCUUCUCCUCCAUCUGAAAUGAUUUCAACAAACGAAAUCGAUCAUAUUGAUUAUUUCUGCCAACUCGAUUGUGCUACUCGUCUUUGUGCUCCUCUUUCUUCUCUCCGAAAUCCGAUAUACAAAUAA